GGAGGAAGGCGCUACUCAUUCGCCACAGGCAGUGGUUGUGCCAUGACACACUUGUGUGAGCAGAGCAACUAAAAUCUAAGUCAGAACACUACAAAAUGAAAGCUUCAUGGUUGGCCGCGUGGCUACUCUUCACAGGCAUCUGCAUGCACCCUGGACACACGAGUUCUCCCCCAGAGGAUCUGGACGGGUCUGGUGAUGAUGCUGAGGGUUCGGGGUCUGGGGAUCUGGAGAGUUCAGGUUCAGGCCCGCUCGUCAAAACCACCACCCUCUCACAGAUGACCCUAGAAGGGGGCCUUAUCCGAGAAAUCUUUGUGGGUGACACGAAAAGAGAAGGGCCUGAUGACUCGGAUCUAACAUUUGAUUCCCAGCCUGUCACUGCUGCAUCUAUGCCACGUCCGACAGGACAGGGGAGUCAUGGCUUUUUGGAGGACAAGGAGACUCUUGCAGCGGUCGUCAGCGGGGGUGUGGGAGCGUUGGCCCUGGCCCUGGUGCUCGUUGGCGCUGUGGUGUACUUCAUGAAGAGGAGGGAGAAAGGAAAGUACGCGGCGGCCCAGCACACAAACGGCAAGGCGAUGUAUCAUCAAGCACCGACAAAAGACGAGUUCAUAACGGCAUAGCACCACAUGCAACCAUAAUGACUAUUCAAAGGAGGAGAGAGGUUCUCUCACUCUUCAGGGAGGGAGAGGGGGAUGGAGAGGGGGAUGAGAAGUACUACAAAGGGUGUGGAGACGAUGGAGUAAUUGUAAAUAAGGUGCAAGAGAAAGAGAGAAAGAGAGGAAGGGAAAGGAAAAGAAGAAAGAGGGUGAACGGACAGGAAAAGGAGAUUGUCAAGCAGAGGCGUGAGGUAUGUCUGAGUGAGAACAAGGACAAAGGGGAAAGAUGAAAAAUGAAAGUGACAUGUAACAUGUACAGUUCAGUAGCAGUAAAACGAUAAGACAGACAGGAGCUGGUCAAUUGUUUUUUUUUUUAAUUUUUAACUAGUGUUUUGUAUUAGAGAAAACAAGAGAAAGAAGGAGAGAAAGAGAGAGGGUGAGAGAGAUAGAGUGCGCGCGCGUGCGUGUAUGUGUGAGUGUGUGAGUGUGUGUGUGUGUGCGUGUGUGUGUGUGUGUGUGUGUGUGUGUGUGUGUGUGUCUUAUAAGUGCCAUGAUUUUCAGGAUUUUUGGUUGUAUCACUGGUAGGCCUUUCUGAGAUGAUGCUCUACUUUGUGUUCCCAUUUUAACACAUGAUACUGUAUUUAUUGAUCUGCCAGACGUGCCAGACUCUGAGUUAGGAGACCAAUUGUAACACUGCCCUGUCUAAAAUGUAGCAUAGUCUCUCAAAUGUAUUAUGUUCAUCAUCAUUGUCUACAGCGGUUUAAACUGCACUACAUUCACAUUAACAAAUUAAAUCUGUAUUAUGCUGUUUUAAGUGGGCUUGCUGACUUCUGGAGGCUUUACACUUUUGAGUAAUAAAUUGGACACCUAUGGUGUCAUGGUGACAGAC